UUGGAGUUAAACCCUAAAAGAAGAAUCAGAGCUCCGGCAAGAGAAGCAAUGAAGGAAUCGGAGCUCCGGCGAUGCCAAAUCCACGACUGGUACCCACGCUUCAAGCCUCACACCAUCAAAACCCUCUUCCAUCCUCUCUCCGAUUCCUUCAUCCGCUACCUCCUCGGCGAGCCCGAUCCCCAUUCCUCCGCUGACCCUCCCCGUUUCCUCCUCCCCCGACCCUCCUCCGGCCUCGACCCUCUCCCCCGCACUACCGCCGGCGUCGAUCCCACCUCCUCUCUCUCCCCCGUGAACUCCGAUUCUGACUCCGAUGACGACGCCCCAUCGUUCCCUGACCUUGAGGCCGCCGUCACUCACUCCAUCGCCGAUCUCGGUGGCGCCGUGCUCCCUAAGCUCAAUUGGAGCGCCCCCAAGGACGCCACCUGGAUCUCCGCUGAUGGCUCUCUUCGCUGUACCUCCUUCUCCGAGAUCGCCCUCCUCCUGCGCUCCUCCGACUCCAUCGCACACGAUCUCUCUCAGGCCCUCGCCUCCUGCUCUGAUGCCUCCCCUGAUCCCUCCUCCCUGCCCUUCUACCUCGCACUUCGAAAAUGGUACCCUUCCCUCCGCCCUGAAAUGGAGUUUCGCUGCUUUGUCCGUGGCUGCCGAUUGAUCGCCAUUUCUCAGCGAGAGGUUACCACCUUCUAUCCAGUGCUUCCCGACCGGAAAGAUGAAAUCUUGCCAUUGAUCGAGAGGUUCUUUCAUGAGGUCGUGCGAGAAGGAUUUGGAUCAGAGAAUUACACCAUUGAUGUGUACCUCACCAGUGAUGGGCGGGUGAAGAUAGUGGAUUUCAAUCCCUGGGGCGCGUUCACGCUGCCAUUGAUGUUUGAAUGGGAGGAGCUAGAUGAGCAAGGGUUUGGAGCACAAGGAGUGGAGAUCCGAGUGGUGGAGGGGCAGGGAGUGCGGCCGGGGUUGAAGACUGCCGUGCCAUAUGAUUACUUGGAUACCGGAGAAGGGAGUGGAUGGGACCAGUUCUUGAAGAGAGCUGAUGAGGAGAUUAGGAAGCAGGCCGAAGAUAUUGGCAAUGAUUCUAAAGGUGGCUGAGGAUUGCCUGCUUUCUUCGUCAAUGCCUGCUGGUUGAGGUUGUUGAUUUUGGGCUGUCAAAGGAAGAUAUCUACGCCGGUAGGAACCUUAAAGGUGCAUACAGUUACAUGGAUCCUGACUACAUGUCGACAAACAAGUUCCAAAGAAGAGCAACAUAUAUUGUUUUGGCAUUAUAAUGGCUAUAAAUCCCCUCAAGACCUAAUGGAGUACAUCUAUAUCGCAAGUUUCUCAUAGAACACGGUUUUAUAAAAUUGUUCCAAGAAGUAUUUGAGGACAUAGCUCGAACCAUCUUCAGCUAGUAAGCAGUGAU